AUGGUCCUCGCCGUCGGCAAUCCCCACCGCGCCUUGCGCAACCGCCUAGGAAAUCUCUCCGUGUCCAUGCUCAAUCUCCUAGCGUCGGACUCCAAACCGCGCCACGUGCACAGCGCGCUCAACGUUCUCAUCUCCCGCGUCGUCGUCGGGCUCUUCUCCGCCUCGCUGUUCCUCUUCUUCCUCAGCGGCCUGCGCUCUGGAUACUCCCCCUCUGCCCAUAGACUCGCACCGAUCACCAGGGGCGACGCCGACUCCGCGAUCGCGCAGCAGCUCAAGAGCGACUUGUCGGCCGAGGACUACCCGCUACACAUGGUGUCGGAGAGUCAGCCGUUCAAGAUGUCGGGCUCCGCGGCGAAUGCGGGCGACUCGCAGAGUAGCUUGGUCGAGGCUCGCUCGGAUAGGGAAGUUACCGUUGCACCAAAUAUUGACAGCGAUGAGGAGCCCGUCGCGAGGAUGAUCGUCAUCACAAUGGACAGGGAGGAGUCGUUGGUUCGCCUCCUGGAUUCGCUGGUCAAGGCCAAUUAUGGAGAGGAUCACGUCGAUUUGGAUAUUUGGAUUGACAGGGCGAAUGACAAGCCCAUUCAUGAAGGCGUGUUACAUGCAUGCCAAAAGGUCAUUUGGAAGCAGGGCACCAAGACGGUGCACAAGCGCGCUGCAAAUGCGGGUCUGUAUCAGCAGUGGAUCUACACAUGGAACAUCACAUCGGAGACGACCGAGUUCGCCGUCAUUCUCGAGGACGAUCUUGAGGUGUCUCCGGCGUUUUACCAAUGGUUGCGUGUCGCCCGCGCGGCGUACGCGCAGGAUUCUGAUGUUGGUGCUUUUACACUACAGCGAUCGACUUUGCGACCGCGCGGAGCGUCGCGGCCACUGGAUAUUCCAGCCGAGCAUCCGGUGUUUAAGUACCGGUUGCUGGGGACAUGGGGAUUCGCGCCGCAACGGGACACGUGGGUCGAGUUUAGAAAGUGGUUCGAGGAAAAACGAGCGCGAGGGGAGAAGCCGUACGUGGACGGGCUUAUUACGACGCAGUGGUAUAAAUCGCAGGAGAAAGAUGGGUUUGCGCCCAACAUGUGGAGUCAGUGGUGGAUUAAAUUUGCGGAUGAGAAGGGGUAUUUUACGGUGACGGGUCAUCUGCCCGACGGGACUUCGCUGGCAUCCAAUUGGCGGGAAUCGGGGUUACAUUACUCAAAGAACAAACCCUCGGCGGAUUUCCCGGUGUUCCGGGGAGGCGAUGACGAGUUCAUCAUGCCGGACAAUCCGAUCCUCGUAGAUUGGGACGGUCAAAUCAUUUCCGCGAAGGACUCGGGAUCUUCCUGA